UCAUAAAAUAAGUUUUAGUCUUCGCUUCGAUAACCGAAUCGGAUCCUUCGUUGAAGCUACCCCAAAUGUAUUCGUCCUAUUAAAUACCCUAAUUUCCUUCCUGAGUUUGCUGCUACAAUUCUCGAUUCCUCUUCCUCUACAAUGAAGAAAUCCAAUUUCUUAAGAAGUUCUAAAGAUAUGCUUACCAAGAGCUUCAAUUCCACCAAAUGUAAGAUGUCCUUAAAGCUAGCGUCUUCAAGGUUGAAAUUGUUGAAGAACAAGAAGGAAGUGCAAGUGAAGCAGAUGAAAAGAGAACUUUCCCAGUUGCUUGAUUCUGGUCAGGACCGGACAGCAAGAAUUCGUGUGGAGCAUGUACUUAGGGAGGAGAAGAUGAUGGCAGCAUAUGAUCUUAUCGAGAUUUACUGUGAACUGAUCGUGGCACGGUUGCCUAUUAUUGAGUCACAAAAAAAUUGCCCCAUUGACUUGAAAGAAGCAAUUACCAGUGUAGUUUUUGCGUCACCAAGGUGUGGAGACAUACCAGAACUUGUAGAUGUUCGGAAACAUCUUACCGCAAAAUAUGGGAAAGAAUUUAUAAGUGCAGCAGUUGAGCUCCGUCCAAAUUGUGGAGUUAGUCGCAUGUUGGUUGAGAAGUUAUCUGCGAAAGCGCCUGAUGGGCAGACCAAAAUGAGAAUCUUGGGGGCAAUUGCUGAGGAACAUGGUGUUAAAUGGGAUCCUAAAUCAGUAGAAGAGACAGAGUCAGUGCCUUCAAAUGAUUUGUUGAAUGGAUCUGGUAGUUUAGAGAAGGCUGGUAACAUCCAUGAAGACCCUCUUCAUCUCAAUGCGUCAGAUAUGAGACUUCCACUUGAUCACUGUAAAAGGCCUAAUGCAUCUUCAAAUUCCCCAGAGCAGAAUGCAAGAUCCUCAUUGGGGACCCAAAGCUUUCACUCUGCAUAUAGUGGUGGUAGAGGAGUAACACCAUCUUCUAACUAUCAUCAUGGAGUUAGUCCUUCAGGGUCUAGGGAUGAAAGGUCAGAAAUUGGGCAGUCAGUUCCUGGAGAUGGUAAAUUUUCUAUGGACAGGCAGAAUUGGAAUAUGGAAUUCAAAGAUGCUACCUCUGCUGCUCAAGCAGCUGCUGAGUCUGCAGAACGUGCAAGCCUAGCUGCCAGAGCUGCUGCUGAACUUUCAAGGGUUUCAAGGCAAUAUUCCUCGGAAUCUCAGAGGUCUGAAGUACAGUCUUCGGUAGGUGGAGGACGAGGAAUGUAUGACACAAGUAUCCAUGAACAUUUUCCCAAAGAUUCAGCAAAUAGCUCUUUAUCUGACAGAAAUCCAAGGCUUCAGAAUGGAAGAAUUGAUAGUUUGCAUCAUGAAAAUCUGGCUAGAGCGACAAGACAAUUUCAUGAUGAUGAUCAUGCUACUUCAGGAGGUUCAGGACCAGGGAACUAUGGUAGUUCAAGUAUGCAUGAACAUUUUCCUAAAGAUUCAGUUGUGAGCUCUUCACCUGAUAGAACUUCAACGUUUCAGCAAGAAAGGACGGAGAGUUUGCAACAUGAUAAUAUGCCUAGGGCAACAAGACAUCAUAAUGAUAUGCAUGGUACUAUUGAUAGGCCUGAUUCACAAGUCUCCGCAGGUGCCACGGGCUCAAUUAAUAAUGAUAAUUCAUUUUCUAGUGUUGGAGAAGGUUAUAAGUACAUGCAGAAAAGCCUAUCUAAAGCGGACAGUGAAAUGAUAACGAGAAAAUCAUUUGGCAGAACUGAAUCUGAAUCCACGAGUAGCUUUAAGAAUGAGUUAGUGGAGGAUUUCAAUUAUUUUGGAGAAGAAGCUAGUACAAAAGAUCCCAAAAUUAAUUCUUCAGAAUCUUUUUUAAGCGCUUCAGGUUUUGGUGAAAAUAUUCAUCAUUCUAACCAACAAAGUUAUGGUUAUGCUAAGACUAAUGAUCCCUUUAAUAAUGUUUACCAAGGUCACAUUCCUAGUGAAACUGUUAGUAAGAGUUCUCAUGAUUCUGCCUCUGUUGCUUUUAAUGAUUCUGGCUCAGAAGAAGAUUAUAAUAUUAAGUUUGACUCAGAUCCUACAUAUGAUGACCAGCAAGCCAAACUUUAUUUUCCAUCACCAGAAAGGAAAUCACCUACUUACAACUCUGCAAUUAAAGAAUCGUGGAGCUUUGACUCAAACAAAUCACAGGAGUCCUCGAUGACAUCAGAAAUCUUUGUGGAAAAGCAAUCGCCUCAAUUAUACAAAAGCUUGGCUGCCGCUGGUGACAAUUCACGACAAGAAAAUGUUGUGCCAUCCUUUGACGAUUCUGAUGGUAUGAAUUCCGAAAGUGACAGUGAGAUAGUCCAACACCCGAUAGGAACUGAUGGGAACAAAUGGUUACCAGCUUUGCCCAGGACACGGACAGAUCAUGAUACUUUGGCUUCUUCUGUUUCUGAGUCCGAAAAGGCAUUCACGUUUGGGAAGUUAACUGGUGGCCUUAAGCAUAAAGGCCAUAUCCCUCCACCUUACUUAAGAAGCCAGUUAAACAAUGUUCCAUCUUCAGUCGAGAACGCUAAGGGAAGUCCUGCGGUGACGUCACAAGAUGUUGCACCCCCUAAGAGUUCUGUCGGUUUAGGAAUGAGGAUGAAAAUAGACGAUAAGUCAAGCUCAAGAUUGGAUGACACUCAUCAUGCUUCAGAUACCGACAGUUCUGAUACAGAAUUUUCACAAGAGGCUUCGAGUUACAGUCAAAGAACUUAUUCACAAAAAAGAGGCAGCGAGGUUAAUACAAAAUAUGCAGGCUUACGAGGUUCAUCCACAUAUUUUGAUUCUGAUAGCAGUGAUUCCGAGGCUGGUCCUAAGAAACAUUCUUUUGCUGGUAGAAGUCAAUUGAAUAGUGGAAUUUCUCGUAGAACUAAAGCUUCUUCCUCCAGCUUGGAUACAAACAUUUCAUCAAAGUCUAAAAUCAGCUCCGAAACAGCUGUUAAUUCUGACUCUGGUGUAGAUGGCAAACCCAUCAACCGCUCUUUCGGAAUUAAAACUCAAGAACCUCUGAAACCCGUCAGAAAUUCUUAUGCUGCUGAUACACAAAAAACUCAGAGACUGACCAAGAACUUUUACAGUAGUGAAUCACAUGAAUCCCCAACAGAUAAAAGGAUAAGUUUAGAGCAGCCCAGCGCUGGACCUACCGUUCCAAUGCCUGUUAUACAGACCAGGAUAACAUCACAUGAAAGGAGACAGAAGAUGGGAAGGGUGGAAAAACCAUCUAGCUCUUCCCAAAUGGCAGCAGCAUCAGGCAACAAUGAUGUUCCAAAGGCACCAGCUUCCAGUGGGGACAAAUUUUCCAGUGAGGAUAGCAUGAAGAAAGCUAGUCAUGUACAUCCAAAGCUGCCUGAUUAUGAUGAUAUUGCUUCUAAGUUGCUGUCGCUUCGAACGAAUCCCAAGUGAAAGAUAAUGUCUUUGUAGCUGCGUAUGUACAUGGCGAAAGGUUUCGUAUAGUGUUUCUGAUGACCGCGAGAUUCCAAUACAAUAUAUUUGUUUGUACUGUGCACAUAUUCAUUUAUUUGAUGUGAAAAUAAUCUUGGGUAUAUGAAUACUUGAAAUGGAUGCUGCGUAGACAGCCCAAAUUUUCUAUUUGUAACUUGAUUGAUAUUCAUUCAUUUGAAAAUGAGUUGUAUUUGUUCCUCAGAGGUUAAGUUUUCUGAUU